GACAUGUGCUGGAAUACAUACGGUCACAAGCAUCGUAAUGGGCGUAAAGCUCGGGAAACCCGUGGCCUGAGACUCAACUGUCAAAACACGGCUAUGAUGACAUCGUCCGGGACGGUCAACCCUUACUUCGUGGACUCUUUGAUUACAAAUGUUGGAGACGACGUGUUUAAAGUACGGGGAGAGGACCCACGACUAGGCCUGCCCUUGUGGAGACGAGGAAACGGCGGGCAGCCCAGUGGCUUUCCGAACUGUUCGUACUCCAAUAGUGCAGGAGCGUCGUUCUACUAUCAUCAGUCACCGGAGCGGUCCAACACAGUGUCCUGCCUGUACCCUGCCGCCUACCUGCCGCCCCGCCAUCUACCGAACGACGGUACAGUAACAGACGGCAUCAACCCCUGGUCAGACCCCGUGCCAAACAAUCAGCAACACGCCGGCAACUCCUACUGCAACGGCACCGCCGGUCUCCACGCUUCCGCCAUGCAGGUCUACAACAAGACCUCGGACACCGAGGCCGGCAAGACCACAGCCCAUCCUGGCUACGGCGGCUACUCCCAGUCCUACAGGGACCUGCAAGCUCAGGGAAUCAGCCUCGUCGACGGACAGAUGAAGGUGAAAGCCGAGCAGGAAAGCCCAAAGAACGGAGAAGACAAGAACGGAGCAGCGGUGGUGGCGAAUCAGCCAGGCUGGAUGAACAAUCAUUCGUCCCGGAAGAAGCGGUGUCCCUACACGCGCUUCCAGACCCUGGAGCUGGAGAAGGAGUUUCUGUACAACAUGUACCUCACGCGAGAGCGGCGCUACGAGAUCUCGCAACACGUCAACUUGACCGAGAGGCAGGUCAAGAUCUGGUUCCAAAACAGGAGGAUGAAGAUGAAGAAAAUGAGCAAGCAGCGACAGGAGCAGCAGCAAACCACGCCGCAGUAGCGCCAGGGUUUCUUCCGGCGUUGGUGGGAUGCUUGCUCGAUCAGUGACAAAUACUGUACCCUGGCGCAAGCCAUCAAAUAUCUCAGGUUCAAAAAAACAAGCACUGAACUCAAUUCACUACCUCAGUUAAUCAACAAAGAGAAGACAUUCUCUUGUGAAAUGGGCUUCGCUAUUUACCAAUUUUUGAUGUACAAAAACCAAAUCAUAAGUUAUGGUGUGUGUAUAUAUAUUCUAUCUAAACCACGGAAAAAUGUCUAUAUCACUUGUAGUGUUAGUUUAUUAAACGGUAGGUCGGAAAUUUAGAGGAUAUUAUUCGUAUCAAAAACACGGGUAUAUGUGAGCACUUUUGCUUAAUCUUUGUUGUUUACCACUAUCUAACUUUUAUAUUUCUAUGUUUUGUGUCACUUAAAACGUUAUUUCCUUUUUUUAUUUUCCUAAAUAUGUUCUUAUUUAUAAUCUAAUAAUUCGGUGACUUUGCAGGUUUCUAUCUUGUUCAUAAAACUAUAUGAACUUGAAAAUAGGUUAGAUGAUUUUUGUUUUAACUUAAAGCGUUGCUGUGUUGUUGCGUCUAUCGUGUUAUAAUAUAAGGGUAUUUGUUCACAGUGCAAUUUAUUGGCGACUUUCUGUGGUAUAAAAGGCGUAACAACGAAGGGUCACGCAUUUAACCUCUUCAGUAUUAUUCCAGUAGGUGUGAACCCAUUUUUGAGGGAAAUUCUAGUAAGAAAAAAAGAAAGCCGUGUAUGUGAAUCUGACUCGUAAGCGCACAGAAAAGUAUUAACCGUAUUUGUCUUUGUAAAUGUACUAUGUUAUACUUUAAAGAAAUGAGAAAAGAAUAUCAGUUCAGUGACUCAGUGAAGAUAAUAAUGUUAUUUACCUCAAGGAAUCGUUUGCAGAUAAUCAGUAAGACCAGUGCUAUUUUCAUGUUGACCCAAAUACGAGCUUAAAGAGUCAGUUACAAUUGAAAUCGAGACAUUUUGUCAAGCGUAAACCAUUCUCAAUUGAAUCUAUAGAGACUUUGGUAUGGUACAGUGGAAGAUAACUUUGAAAGCAACGUUUGCAAUGACAUCACCAAAUGCUGUGCACAUGUUCCAAGUUACGUAAUCAACAUUUGUAGUUGAUUUAACGUCAAAUCAUUUCACCAGAUGGUUCUAAUCGUUUCAGUCAAACGAAAGACGACUUAAACUGAUCCAGAACACGCUGCAAUGUUGUUCUUGGGUAAAAAACGAAAACGAUCUAAAUUGUUCCAGAACACGUUGCAGUGUUUUCUUAGGUAUAAAAAAACACAACUCUCUUACACUAUUUACUAAAUGUGCUAAGGCAUGACAGAGCUUUCGUGUAAAAAAAAAUCUCAAUUACAAUUGUAACUGACUGAAUUCUACCAAUGAAUGUUCGAACAUUUCCAUUUUUGUACUUCAACUAAACCAAAUAUCAGUGCUUUUUUACAAGAAUCUACUUGAUGUAAAGGGCAAAUAUUUACAAGAAAUUGUAAUUCUUACACAGACAUAUUGACAUUUGUCAACAAUGUUACUGAGAAGUUGUUAAAAAUGCCAUUUUCUAACCCAAAUAGGAAGACAAAAGUGUACGGGAGAAGCUACUAAAUAGGUGCAUGAGAUAUAUCCGGUGGUAUACUGUGUAAGUUGGAGAAUGAGUACAUGUGUACAGGGUCUGUGCACCGUCCUAUGUUCAAUAAUAAUCUCAGGGUGAUCGUGUGUAUGUAGUUUAUAGAGCCUUCGUUCCAAUUGUUCAAGAACAGAAGGCAGUGCCAUAGCGUUUAGCUAGCCAUUUAACCAACCAAAACAAAAACCAUGCUUCCACGAACAAAAAAUAAAAUAAUGACGGUUGAAUAAAAGUGAGAAGUAGGUUUGUUGUGUUUCAU